CUGGACCUCUGCUUCACCACCAGCACCGUGCCCCAGCUCCUGAUCAACCUUCAUGGUCUAGACAAGACCAUCAGCUAUGGAGGGUGUGUGGCCCAGCUCUUCAUUUUCCUUGCUCUGGGCUCCACAGAAUGUUUGAUUUUGGUGGCGAUGGCCUUCGACCGCUAUGCUGCUGUGUGUAACCCACUCCACUACACCACCAUUAUGCACCCCGUCUUCUGCAGGGCACUGACCAUCUCCUGCUGGAUAGGAGGCCUUGUGAACUCUCUGAUUCAGACAGGACUUGUGAUGGCCAUGCGACUCUGUGGCCAUCAAAUCAAUCACUUCUUCUGCGAAAUGCCCGUAUUCCUGAAGCUGGCCUGUGAGGACACAGAAGGAACGGAAGCUAAGAUGUUUGUGGCGCGAACAAUAGCCUUAGCAUGCCCUGCAGUUCUGACUUUGGGCUCCUAUGUUCACAUUGUUCGGGCUGUACUAAAAAUCAAGUCAAUGUCUGGACGCAGAAAGGCUUUUGGGACUUGUGGGUCCCACCUCGUGGUAGUGUCUCUCUUAUAUGGCUCAGGUAUUUAUACAUAUCUUCAGCCAGUCCGCAGAUAUUCUGAAAGCAAAGGAAAGUUUGUUGCCCUUUUUUAUACUAUUGUUACCCCCAUGUUCAAUCCUUUGAUCUAUACCCUGAGGAACAAAGAUGUGAAGGGGGCCCUGUGGAAGGUGCUAGGGAGAGGCACAGACCCGGGGUAG